AUGGCGGCGAGAUUAUCCCUCACUACCCGUAGUCGCCUUCUACGAACGCCUAACCUAUCCUCGACCCGUCUGCUGACCCCAAUCACGCGAUCACGUAUACUCUGUCGCCCUUCUAUCGUCACACCAGCCGUCAAUUCCAGUCCGAUCUCUGUCCGCCACUAUGCUAAAGGCCGUCCACAUCCUCCAGGCGGCACCCACCGUAUGGACAUGAGUGGAGAACCAGAGAAAUCAGCACUCGAGCAAUACGGCGUUGACCUCACAGCCAAAGCGAAAGCUGGAAAGCUGGACCCCGUUAUUGGGCGAGACGCUGAGAUUCACCGAACUAUUCAAAUUCUGUCCCGGCGGACCAAGAAUAACCCUGUGCUGAUCGGUGCAGCUGGAACCGGCAAGACUGCCGUGCUUGAAGGUUUGGCUCAGCGCAUCGUCCAAGGAGAUGUCCCUGAGAGUAUUAAAAACAAACGGGUUAUUUCUUUGGAUCUCGGCUCUCUCAUUGCGGGAGCCAAGUUCCGGGGCGACUUCGAGGAGCGUCUGAAAUCUGUACUGAAGGAAGUGGAGGAUGCGCAGGGUGGAGUGAUCCUCUUCAUCGACGAGCUUCACACCUUGCUGGGACUCGGUAAAGCUGAAGGCAGCAUUGAUGCUAGCAAUCUACUUAAGCCUGCUCUUUCACGAGGCGAACUCCAAUGCUGUGGUGCUACCACCCUCAACGAAUACCGACUUAUUGAAAAAGAUGUGGCCCUCGCCCGACGUUUCCAACCUAUACUUGUGGGUGAGCCAUCGGUAGCCUCGACGAUUUCGAUUCUACGUGGAAUAAAGAACAAAUAUGAAGUGCACCAUGGCGUCAGAAUAACAGAUGGCGCUUUGGUAGCUGCUGCUACUUACAGCAAUCGCUACAUCACUGAUCGUUUCCUACCCGACAAAGCCAUUGAUCUUGUCGAUGAAGCUGCAUCGGCCCUUCGCUUACAGCAAGAAUCAAAGCCCGAUUCAAUUCGGGAACUUGAGCGUGACAUCACUACCAUCCAAAUCGAGCUCGAGUCUCUUCGCAAGGAAACCGAUGUUGCCAGCUGCGAACGACGAGACAAACUUCAAGAAGACUUGAAAAUCAAACAAGCGGAGGUCGAUAAAUUGACUGAGGCUUGGGAGAAGGAGAAAGCCGAAAUUGAUACUAUCAAACGCACCAAAGAGGCCUUGGAACUUGCUCGGUUUGAGCUCGAACAAGCCCAACGCGAGGGAAACUUUGCUAAGGCUGGAGAGUUGAGAUACUCUAUUAUUCCGGAACUCGAAGCCAAGCUGCCAAAAGAGGGCGCCGAACCAGAUCCUGAAAAUCAAACUUUGAUUCAUGACUCGGUGACUGCAGAUGAUAUUGGAAACGUUGUCUCUCGGACUACAGGCAUCCCUGUCAACAAGCUCAUGGCCGGGGACAUAGAAAAGUUGAUUCACAUGGAAGAUACUCUCCGAAAAUCAGUCCGUGGACAGGAUGAAGCGCUUUCUGCUGUUGCAAAUGCCGUGCGAAUGCAGAGAGCAGGUCUCAGCGGAGAAAACCGGCCCCUGGCUUCAUUCAUGUUCCUUGGUCCCACCGGUGUCGGAAAGACUGAACUUUGCAAGAAAAUGGCCGAGUUCCUUUUCUCUACCGAAAGUGCUGUUGUACGCUUCGACAUGAGUGAGUUCCAGGAGAAGCACACCAUCAGCCGUCUCAUCGGUUCUCCUGCCGGUUAUGUUGGAUACGAUGAUGCUGGCCAGCUUACCGAGGCUGUCAGACGGAAGCCUUAUGCUGUUCUGUUAUUUGAUGAAUUCGAGAAGGCGCACCGGGACAUCUCAGCGCUACUACUGCAGGUUCUCGACGAGGGCUUCUUGACGGAUGCCCAAGGCCAUAAAGUCGAUUUCCGAAACACAUUGAUCGUACUGACCUCAAAUCUUGGAGCCAGUAUCCUCGUUGGAGCGGACCCUUUGCACUCAUUGAAAGACACUGAUGGUUCGGAGCUCCCGUCAAAGGUUAAAUCGGCCGUUAUGGAUGUGGUUCAAGGUGCAUACCCACCUGAGUUUAUGAACCGAAUUGAUGAAUUUAUCAUCUUCAAGCGCCUUUCGAAGGAGGCUCUUCGGGAUAUCGUCGACAUCAGAAUCCGGGAGCUGCAGUCCAGACUGGAUGACCGCCGUAUGACUUUGCAGGUUGAUGAUGAAAUCAAGGACUGGCUGUGCGAGAAAGGCUACGAUCCUAGAUUUGGUGCUCGGCCGUUGAACCGUCUCAUUGCCAAGGAGAUUGGAAACCGCCUGGCUGAUAAGAUCAUUCGGGGUGAAGUUGUCUCCGGUCAAACUGCCCGGGUAUCUCUUGAUGAAGAUAAGUCUGGCCUGGUGGUGACCACUCAAGAUUAA